AGAGAGCCAUUUAAGCAGAGGAAUUGUCAAGGAGGGUGAAAGACACAGAAGAAUUGUAGAGGACAGAAUGCCGAGAAACACUAAACAAAGGGACAAAAGCAGAAUAACCAUUGGAAACAAUCGGGAAGAAGGUAAUCAGAACAGAAGAAUAUUGCAAAUUUCUAGCAUCUACAGUUCUUUGUUUGAUUUUGGAGGCAAUGAUGAUUGAGAACACACAUGAAGAUUGUGGUAAGGAUUCUCAGAUCGCUGAAGGAUUACUGUAGGAACAAUUCAGAGCCAUUUUGGAGCAGUUUGAAAGAGAGACCUGUGGUUAAAGGAUCAUGGACCAAAAUAAGAUGAACCCUAGGAUGAGAACCAAAAGUGUGGUGCUGAAAAAGCACAACCGGUCGGGCAGCAUCCGAGGAGCAGGAAAAUCGAUGUUUCGGGCAAAAGCCCUUCAGACAAGAAGUUUAAUGAAAGCCCUGACUGUCAUUGGUGGAUAUAACAGAUUCCUUGAUAUUAUCCAAGGGACAGCAGGAGAAUAAUCACUUUAGCUCUGAUGAGCAUUCAUCCCUCAGCUCAAUCCCACUAACAGACCUUCCAACAUUUUUCAAGCAACAGAUUAUCUUUUGUGAGUCCACAGAUUAUAAUCUCUACAUAAGCACACUGUUAUGAAUCUCCAACCAUUUCUAAUUCUGGAUUAAGUUGGACCAUCACAUGUUGUGCACGUCCAUUUAAAAAUUCUGGAUCGAACGUAUGUGAGCAAAGAUGAAGAUUGCUGCAUUUAACAUUCAGCGGCUUGGGACAAGCAAAAUCUCCAAACCCAAUGUUGUGUCAACAAUUGUCAAUAUUUUGUUACGUUAUGACAUCACCCUGAUCAUGGAAGUCACUGACAAGUCAGAAAAAGCCACAAAAAGGCUGAUGGAAGAGCUGAAUAGACAAGCUGCAAACCAUUACUCCUUCGUACUAAGCAAACCCCUGGGGCGAGCAACUUACAAGGAGCAGUACCUCUUUGUUUAUCGUGAUGAUAUUGUGGAAGUGAAACGAGUUUUUCAAUACGAAGACCUGCAGGUGGGUGAUGAGGAUGCUUUCUCCAGGGAACCAUUCGUGAUUCAGUUCAAAUCUCGAACCACAGUUGUAAGGAACUUUGUGCUCAUUCCCCAACACACAUGCCCUGAAGAUUCAGUCAAAGAAAUCGAUGAACUGUAUGACGUCUUCCUGAAGAUCAAAGAGAAGUGGAAAGUAAAGAACUUUAUGAUACUUGGGGACUUUAAUGCUGAUGGAAGGUAUGUGUCGAAGGACGAGAUGAAAAAAAUUCGACUCAGAACCGAUAAUAAUUUUCACUGGCUCAUUGGAGAUGAUGAGGACACCACCACAAGUGCAAAGACAGACCGGGCCUAUGACAGAAUUGUUGUUUACGGAGAUUGGUUUUAUAAGCAGAUUGUUCCAAAUUCUGCCAAGCCUUUCAACUUUCAGGAAGAACUGCAACUGAGUGAAGAGCAGGCUUUGGAUGUGAGCGAUCAUUAUCCUGUUGAGGUGGAACUCAAAUUAAGAAAUGAAAGAAAUUAAUCCAACCUGGAUUGAGUCAGUGGACGGGAGAACAUUGUGGGAAUAGAAACUGGAAAACACUGAACUAAUUGUUGAAUCUUAACAAAAUUUGAUGUCUCCAUUGUGCCCCAGUAUUUAAAAUUCCAUACUUUUUCCAUAAGCUGCUCUGGUAAAUAUAAACGAUUUGACCUUUUUCUAUUAUUACAGCAGAAAGUGGAUUCUCUUACUUUUAACAAUAAAAGUAGCAACUCAUAUUAAGGACAGCAAUGCACAAGUGUCAUAUCCAUUUGAGCACUGACACCUCAGUAACCACCUCGUGAAUGUCACGACUAGUGACUGUCUACUGAAUCUUUGCAAAAACUCUCUGACUGAGUUGCUGUUGUGGUAGCACCUUUAAAUAUACUUAACAAUACUCACAUUCAAGAAAGGUCGUUGAUCUGAAAUUUUUACUCUGUUCCUCUCUCAACAAAUGCUGCUUAGACUUGCUGCGUGUUUCAGCAUUUUCUAUUUUUACUUCAGCUUUCUAGUAUCUGCAGCAUUCUGCUUCUGAGUUUGCCCUAGUGUCCUGGCCAAUAUUUGUCUCUCAAGCAACAUCAUCAGAAAAUCAAAUUAUUGGGCCGAUAUCAUAUUGCUAUUUAUGGGAGUUUGCUGUGUAAUGGAUGCUGCAUUUCCACACAUCAACACAGUGACUGCACUUCACAGUGCUUCAAUUGCUGCAAAGUGUUUUAGGAUGUCUACUGGUUUUAAAAGUAGCUGUAUUAAUAAAAA